CAGCCAGGUUACCGUAAAUGCAAUCGCCUUCCAGAGAAUCUCCGCACUCAACCACCACCUCCUGACGCCUAUAACGGUUAUCAGCUUGGCGAGGAGGCAGACUCAGGGACCAACGCUUAUGAUGUGGAAGAGCUGGAAGAACUUGGACCGGCCUUUUCUACUCCCUCCUUUGAAGAGGACCUCGAGAAGAAUAUUUAUUCACCAUAUGUGAAUGGGAUGGAUGUACGUUUGGCUCAAUUCGUCAGUCAGCACAACGUCAACAUGGAUGAUGGAGCUGUCAUCUACCCUGUUUCAGAGGUAGAGAAUACUAGUAGUAGGAAGAAAAAGGCGUUUCAUCCACCAUGCGGAUGUACUAGGCAGCAGUUCAGCUGGGCAGUGGGUGGAAUCACUGUGGCGGUUGCGAUAGUGGUCGCGGUGGCGGUUACUUUGGGUGUGGUCUUCAGUCGAGUGAAGCCUCUUCAAUUCCCUGAAGCUGAGCCUUGGUGGACGCAUGGUCUUGUCUACGAAAUCCACGUCCCCACAUUUGCUAACGAUGUUGGCGGAGCUCUGGGUCGUUUCAAGGAUGUCACAUCUCGAAUGGUCUACCUCGCCGACAAGGUUGGGUUAGCUUGA